AUGGAUCCUUCACAAGUAACACGAGUCUCUACAGGAAUACUUGAAGCAGAAGCACAUACCUGCGGGCGAAUGAAGCGCAAGCGGGAAACCCGCGAGGGGAUUCCGGCGGAGCGCAAAAAGACUUUGCGGAUGGCACACACCGCAGCAGAAUGCGUUGUAGUUCCUCCAAUAAGGACCCGUAGAUCUCAACGCCUAUUUUGGAAACGUCGACGUCGUUCUGUAUGGGACGAAACGCGGCGUAAUCUGCUUCUCCUACUGGCCGGUCUGUUGACUGCAACGCGUGGACAGUUGACCCGCGCUCCCGUGUCCGUGGCUGUCCCAUCCGUGCCUCCCGCGCCGACUUUACCGCCGACCUCUUUUCCUACAGUGAGUCAGGCGCCAUCUGUGUCUGCCGCUCCGACAGAUCUCCCGACCGUGUCACCACAGCCGUCGACACUACCUUCGUCGAUUCCUUCGCCGCUGCCGACUAUUUCUCCUAGACCCACGGUUAGCGAAGCUCCUACGGGAGAACCGACCGUGACACCUUCCAACAGUCCGUCGUCAGCCCCUUCGAUUGCGCGUCAGCUUUUUGUUCGACAAGAAUACAAGCAAAUCUAUAUCAUUCCAACGGAGCGAUUUUUUGAACCCGAAGAAAUUGCUGCUUUCAACGAAAUUUACACAGGGUACGCUCUUUCAUUACCAGCGGCAGCCGAGCGCGUGAACGCUACCUGCGAAAUCGGAGCGCCGAGUAUCUCCGCUUGCGUUCCGGGGGUUGAUGCAUGUGACACCUUCCCGGAUGGCUUUUUGAACGAUUUUCAAUUUGCUUGCAACUGGUCCUCUGACUUGACGGAGGUUGGCAGGUUUCCUAGCGAGCUGGAAACAUUUAUCAACUCUGAUCUAGCGAUGGUAACCGAUGAUCUUCAGGCGGCGAACAUCAUUUUGACCGAAGCCUUGGCGGCUCGGCUGAUUCUUACACAGACGCCGGCUCCAUCUAGUUCUAUGAGGCCGACAGCUUCACCGUCAGCGCGUCCUACGAUCAGCCCCCCUCCGUCACUGCGACCAAGUAUCGCCCCCUCGGCUUUUCCAACCGCUGUUGUAUCCAUGGCACCGUCUUCUCUUCCACCUUUUACUAUGCCACCGUCUCCGCCCCCCUUGCCCGCAGAUAGCAAUGGGUUGAGCGUUGGAGCUAUUUCGGGAAUCGUAGUUGUAAUCGGUCUGGCAGCUCUAGCCGGCCUCGCUUUCUACUAUUUUCGUCGCCGCAAGAAGCGCCGUGAACAACGCCUACCCGAUGCUGCUAAUCAACGGCGUGAAAAGUAUCGACCCGACCCCUUUGAUAGUGUCGCAGCGCUCGCGGAUGAUCGAACAGAUAGCAAUUUUGCGCCAAUUCUGCAAAGUGAGUCCGUCGUGUCCAACAAAUCGCUACUUUCGGUCGGCGAAUCGAAUAUAGAGGAUGAGUCUGAGCACGAAACGGAUGGCACCAAGAACCUCCAAGAUGAAUUCGAUCUAUACAAGAACCCAACGCUUGAAAAAUUGCGGUCUGGCGUGGAAGAUAACGUGUCAGGGUUUGAAGGAAUUAUGAGUGCCGCAGUCACCAACGCUCUCAUGGGUGUGGAAGAAGCUCAGGUUGAUUCCGCCGAGCUCACAUGGGGUUGCGGAAGUAAAUAUACGGGCGCCGAACUCGAAGCCAGCGCUUUGUGUGAAGUUGACUAUUGGCUUCGACGAAACGAGAAUGCAAGCGUGGAAGGAAAACGCGCUUUUAUGCAAGACAUUCUCAACCGUGUGGUGGCCAGCGUCCGUUUCGGAAAAUUGGGCGCCGACGAUGCUUCUAGGACCAUCCACGAAUCGGCGGCCCUCCUAGAGUUGCCGCUCGCAAACAAGCUUCCUAUGGCAACCGUCAUUAUUUCCGGAAUGCGGAAAACUGUAACCUCUUUUGACAUUACCAAGGCUCUUCGAGAAUUCGGAGAAAUCGAUGUCGCUGCGGUGGCCUCUGGACAGCGGGGGUUCGGGAUUUUGCGAUUUCGGCAUCUCAAAUCGGUUGAUCGCGCCAUGAACCGCUAUCGCAAAGGCGAGAUAGUGGUACAAGAUGUAGCGGUACAAAUGAAGGCCCUGAUGCCCAGUGGAGCUUUGGAAAGCCGUGCAUAGAAGCAAAAAACGAGAAUUUGUCAUGUCACUACGAUGAAAUAAUUUGUACGAUCGGUGUCGACGACUAUACAAAGCAUGGCAUUCUGUUUACCUUGAGAUACGCAUACAGUAGACAUCCUGAUAGCAAACU